CUGACCGCCAGCAAAUAGGCGUCUCUUCACGCACCCUUCCCACCUCGAGAAAUGACCCUAAGAAGCAAUUCUUAGGAUUUCUCUCCGGUGCCCGCAAUGCCGCGCGCGUCCUUUCCUCUCUCCGAGCUUCGUGCAAGGAACUCCUCCAGCCCUCACGAGAGCGUCGUGCUCCCGCCUCUCUCCUCCCUCGGCCCUUGCCGCCGCAGCCUCCGGCCGCCCAGGGCCCCCACGUCGCCCCGCGACGCCCGGCCUCCCCCCGCCUCAGCUGCCUUCUCCUCACCGCCCUCCCAAGCUGCUACCUGGUCUACGCGAGGUUCCGGAACCACCGCCACUCCAGCUACCGCCUUCCCGGACCACCCUCGUCACAUCCCCUGUGGGGGUUCCUGCAGCCCGAGAAGAAGAAGCCCUCCUGACCCAGCACUCCGCGCCCCGCAAAGACGCCGCCGCCGCCUACCUGUCACCCCGCUGCCUCCGGCUUCUUGCCGCCACCGCCUCCCGCAGCAGCCUGCCAACUGCAGCGCAACAACCAGCCUUCCCAUUGGCCGAGUCCACGCUCUAAAAACUGCCUCCCUCAUUGGCUGGAGCAUGUUCGCGGCCCGCCCUUCUGUACGGCGUCUAAGGAUUCCGGCCUCCGAGCAGGGGAAACAUCGCCUCUGCCCUGCCAUUCCGUCCUGCACAAUGAUUCUUACCUCAGUCAGACCACCGAUGCACAGAUGCGCGGAAAAAAAAUGUCGAACUCCACAUCCUUCGCGUUUUCCUCUCCCGUCGGUCCACGAAUCCGUGGCCCGGUGCGGAACGGUUGAACGGUUCUCCUGCUUUCCUGCCGAAAGGCACUCCGAGAGACUACUUCCGUUUCCGCUUGGCUCGGGCUGGAGGAUUGACUCUUGAGUGUCGUGAGAGGUCAGAUUGCUGUCAGAAAAAGUUCAUGUGACCAUAGAUAUUUAAACACAGUAGCACUGCAUUUUAAAAGAAUCAUCUGAACAAAGCAGGU